GCGGGACCCAGUACUAUGGCUGUGUACUGCUAUGCCCUCAAUAGCCUGGUGAUCAUGAACAGCGCCAACCAGUUGAAGAGCGGCGAGGGACCGGGGCCCAGCGGCAGCGAGACGCCCCAGCCCUCGGGGAGGACCGUGCUGAGCCCGGGCAGCGUCUUCAGCCCCGGGAGAGACUCCUCCUUCCUCUUCCCCCCAGUCGAAUCGUUGUCCCCCGAGGAGUCCCGGAGCCCCGGGGGCUGGCGGAGCGGCCGGCGCAGGCUGAAUAGUAGCAGCGGCAGCGGCGGCGGUGGCAGCAGCAGCAGCAGUGGCAGCGGCAGUGGCAGCGUGGGCAGCCCGAGUUGGGCGGGUCGCCUGCGAGGAGACGGUCAGCAGGUGGUGGCCACCUCCGGUACCCUCUCUCCACCGGGGCCAGAGGAGGCCCAGAGGAAGCUGCGGAUUCUGCAGCGCGAAUUGCAAAACGUGCAGGUGAACCAGAAAGUGGGCAUAUUCGAGGCGCACAUCCAGGCGCAGAGCUCUGCCAUCCAAGCUCCCCGCAGCCCGCGUUUGGGUAGGGCUCGGUCGCCCUCUCCAUGUCCCCUUCGCAGUAGCAGUCAGCCUCCAGGAAGGGUCCUGGCUGCCUGCGCCACCAGCGAGGAACGGAGGACAAAAUCCUGGGGGGAGCAGUGUCCAGAGACCUUAGGCACCGAGUCUGGCAAGAGAGGAGGGCUCAGCCCAGAUGCCACCAAGGACAAGGAGGGAGUGGCUCCUCUUCCUGGCCGGGCCAGCCCAACUCCAUCAGUGCCUCGGAGUCCAGCGAAGAUGGAGAGAGGAGGCCCAGCCAGGCCCCGCUAUGGUUCGUCAACAGCUAUGGAAACUGAAAAGAGGGUCCCUCCACGUCCCGGAACUCUGAGCCACCAGGCCUCCUCAUUGGAGCUGCUUGGACCUAGCUUAGCAAUGGCCACUAAAGUGGCAGCCACAGAUACAUCCCCUGGACCACAUCGUGGACAGGAUCCUGCCCUCGUGGACACAGCCUGUGAGCUUGGGGGCAUGCACCCCUGGGAGGCCCACAUGGGGAGAAAGGGGCAGUUUCCGGGCAAGGAGACAAGCCCAGCCCCAGAGCAGGGAGGACCCAAUGGUGGAGAGCCCCCCGGGAGGAUGGCCAAAGGGAUUCAUCCCGGCUGUGGGCAGGGCUCCUGGACACCUGAAGUCUGCAAAAGGCAGGAGGAAAGAACAGUGGGUGCUCAAAGCUCAGAGUCCAGGAGGCCUGGAGACCUGGGCUCUGUAGGUCCUGAUGAGGCCAGGAAUGCAGUUAUGGUUAUCCUGGAACCCCAACAGCCCCUGGACAUUGUGGGGAAAGAGUCUCUAACGCCAGGCUUACUUGGAGGCAGCCAGGCAUUACAGCCAGCGACCAGGGAGGUGGAGGCCGCCGUUCCUUGUAGCGCAAUGCUGGAACCUUUAAAGUGCUGGGAAGUGGUGAAAGAUUUGAAAGAACCUCCAUCCCUCCCUGGGGACACUGCAGGCGGGCAGCCUGAGAAUUCCAGGACUUGGCUAAGGCCCAUGGAGGAAGCUGGCCUGGUCUGGACGUGUGACACAGGGGUACAAUCGGAGGGGGCUUGGGAAAGCCAGCCACGGGACAGAGAUGCACAUUCCAGCUGCCAGCAGCUGCCUCCAGGUCAGAAGGACAAGGCCUCCGUGAGAGAGGCCUGUAACCCUAGCAACAUUCCUACCAUCCCUGCCGUCAUCAUCACAGACAUGGGCACUGAGGAAGAUGGGGGCUUGGAGGAGAUGCAGGGCAGCCCGGGCGGCCCUCUGCUCCUGAGAAAACUGUCCUCUUCCUCUGCGUCUUCCACCGGUUUUUCCUCAUCCUAUGAGGACUCAGAGGAAGACAUCUCUAGUGACCCUGAGCGCACCUUGGACCCCAACUCGGCCUUCCUGCAUACCCUGGACCAGCAGAAGCCCAGGGUGAGCAAGUCAUGGAGAAAGAUAAAAAACAUGGUGCACUGGUCCCCGUUUGUCAUGUCCUUCAGGAAGAAGUACCCCUGGAUCCAGCUGGCAGGCCAUGCAGGGAGCUUCAAGGCCGCCGCCAAUGGCCGCAUCCUGAAGAAGCACUGUGAGUCAGAGCAGCGCUGCCUGGACCGGCUGAUGACCGACGUGCUGAGGCCCUUCGUGCCAGCCUACCACGGCGACGUGGUGAAGGACGGGGAGCGUUACAACCAGAUGGACGACCUGCUGGCGGACUUCGACUCGCCCUGCGUGAUGGACUGCAAGAUGGGCGUCAGGACCUACCUGGAGGAGGAACUCACCAAGGCCCGGAAGAAACCCAGCCUGCGGAAGGACAUGUACCAGAAGAUGGUUGAGGUGGACCCCGAGGCCCCCACGGAGGAGGAAAAGGCCCAGCGAGCCGUGACCAAGCCGCGGUACAUGCAGUGGCGAGAGACCAUCAGCUCCACGGCCACCCUGGGCUUCAGGAUCGAGGGCAUCAAGAAAGAAGAUGGCUCUGUGAACCGUGACUUCAAGAAGACGAAAACAAGGGAGCAGGUCACCGAGGCCUUCAGAGAAUUCACCAAAGGAAACCAGAACAUCCUGAUUGCCUACCGGGACCGGCUGAAGGCCAUUCGAGCCACCCUGGAAGUCUCUCCUUUCUUCAAGUGCCACGAGGUCAUUGGCAGCUCCCUCCUCUUCAUCCACGACAAGAAGGAGCAGGCUAAGGUGUGGAUGAUCGACUUCGGAAAAACGACGCCACUGCCCGAGGGCCAGACCCUGAAACACGAUGUCCCCUGGCAAGAGGGAAACCGAGAGGAUGGCUACCUCUCAGGGCUGAACAACCUCAUUGACAUCCUGACGGAAAUGUCCCAGGGCCACCCCCUCGCCUGAGGCCGCCGCCGCCUCACUGGCCCUCUGCCACCUUGCCAGCCACCUCUGCCCUUUCUCUGCACCCGCCUUUUGCUGCCUCCCCUUCUUUUUGAUUCUCCCCACACUCAGAACCCUGCCCCACCCCCAUCCGCACUAUAGCAGACUUUCUAGUUCUUUUCCCUACAUGAGGCCUUGGAGGUGGUGUGUCUACUUCUGUUUAAAUAGAACAACCUUCUGGAAGAGAAAAUUGCCCACAUCCAAGCUGGGCUCCCUGAACUGUCAGUCAGGCUUAGAGCCAUGGGUGGUUGUGGGUUCCUGGCUGCUGAGGGGCCUAAAAGAUGACCCCCCCCCCCCAAACCACCCAAGCCUGCACAGGCCCAGGUUGGCUACGGUGAGGCCCUGCUGCCCCCUGGUGGCCAGUGUUGUCAGUGCCCCCCCCAACCAUGGGUGCCACAGCCGGGCCAUGGUCCCCGCUCUCUGGAAACUGGGAACACAACCUGUAUGAAACCCGCUUGUGGCAUAUGAGCAAAAGUAUCCUCCCCUGAGCAGCCCCAGGGGCUUCCAGAGAGCACCGUGUGAUCUGUCUAGGACAGCUGAAUCAGGCCCCCACCCAUGUGAGCCCUUGGGUUAUAGGCCCAGCUAGGUGACCGAGCAGGGGCCGGUUGGCAGCUUCCCUGUUUCUGGCUGCAGCAGGGAGGAGCUGUGCCCUCCCACCUGGCAUGGCUGCCCAGGAAUUCAGAGGGGGCCAUUCUGAAAGCUGAGGGUCCGAGGAUGAUGUCAACCUCCUGCUCCCUGCUUAUGCCACAGUCUCUGCCCUUCUGAGGUGAGGCCCGAGGCUGAGUAGAGAGUACUUGAGGCCCGGAUGUUGACCAGCAGUGAAACCCUGUCCUGCCCAUGGGAGGAGGCAUCUUGCUUGUCUCCUCAUGUCCCUGGUAACUAGUCUGGCAGUCCUGCCUACGGAACCUGACGUCCCUGUAGAGGGAAAGAACCUUUAAGUUAUGGAUGUGGAGUGGGGUUCAGACCAUACCCCAGCUGGCUGGAAGGAAGCAGGGUUUUGGCUUCUAACAUCCUUGCUGAGUUUCCCUGUAACAGUGUUUCUGCAUGUGGGUAGCUUGCGUGGUACCAGCAGGUACUUGGGACAAUGGAGUCCCUGAGCUCCCUGGGGGGGUGGUCCUUAUGAAGCCCCAUUUUAACUGUAAAGCAAGUAUGUCUGCUUUCUUGAAAAAUGCAUACGAUUUGCAUGACUUUUUGAGAACCAAAGUGCGGGCUCUGUUGGCAUUUGGAGCUGGGUCCCAAGUCCCCUGAGGCCUGCCACUCCCAGUUUUCCUGAGAGGUUCGGAAGCAUAGCACAGAGGCGCUCCCUGUUGGGUACCAGGCCAGCAGGUGCCACUUGGGGACACCGAGGGCGAUAGUGUGGACAAAGGAGUGCUUCCAGCGAUAGGGGGACCUGGGCCACCCAUCCUGAUCCCUCCAGGUCUCUGGGGGAACGGUUGGUAAACCUGCCCGCUGGCCACUUGUGUUUCCCCUCUCAUGCUUGGCUGAGAGUGACAGUUGGCGGGGGCGGGACACAUGAGGAUGUAUAAGUACAGGUUUUUUUUUUUUUAAAAAAAAAAAAGGAAAUAACUUCCUGGCUUUGGUUCAAAUCUGUGGUGAGCUCCUGUGUGGGCUGAUUUGCUAUAGGUCACACAGCGCGCCCCCCCCCCCACCCCAGCUCCUCUGAGCCCCGACCUUGUGAUAACAUGUGACCUGGAAGGCAGGCAGCUUGGGGGUGGUUUACAAAGGCCGCUGCAAGCUCCGGGGUGCCGGAGCUGAAGUGGCUGGUGGGUUAGAGGGGACCCCCAUGGUCUGUGCUUUAGCAAUCCACAGGGAAGGAAGACGGUUUAACACCAACAUCCUACACCUGUGGACUGGUUAAAAGUUAGCCUCGUUUUAGCUAGGAAAAAAAAACAUUUGCUAAAAAGCAAACUAAUGAUACGAACAAAAAUUCCAGGGACCAGUUUAACCUGCGUAAAGAAAACAAAAUCUGC